AUGGCGUGGUUCGGUGAUGGACUUUCUAGCUUAUCUAAUUUAAAAGGACAGAUUACUAGUUUUACCAAGGAAGUUCUUUCUGAAAGCGUCGUCAGUGAUACUGAUGCUGAGAUUUCAGUUCUUCGCCGGCAAAAUUGCGAGUUGCAGAACGCAGUGGUGGAAUCAAAUGUUCGCGGUCGCGAGUCCAAUGCCAUCGAUGUCUCCCGAUCUAUUCAAAAAGGUCAACAGAAAGCAUCAGGCUGUUCUGUAGUAAUGUCUCUUCCGUUUCCUGUCUAUCCAUGUCAGAAAUUUUAUCCAAAUAGACAUUUAACCCUUGACUCGAUUCACAUCUGCAACGCUGAGAAAUCUAGGGGAUCAGGAAGAAGUACUAUAAUAAUUUACUGGAGUAUGAUAACCAUCGAUAAUCUAUCAACAAAUUAA